CGCUCGAGCUCCCCCGCUACCCCCGCUGGAACAACUGGCUGCAAUCAUGGAGGUCGUGGGUACCCGGAGAACUUCGAAUCGACUCAGCCUGGACGACAUGCCUUGCGAAAUCCUCAUAAACAUAUGUUCCUACCUGGACUACCAAGACCUGAUCCGGUGUAGUCGCCUGAGCCGUCGGCUUCGGGAUGUGUGUGCCCACGACCCCCAUUGGCGCGGUCUGUGCUGGAAGUACUGGCUGGAGACAGAGUUACCAGAGGGCGCCACGUGGCGGUCACACUUCCAGGAGCUCUACCGUGACCUGAGGCGGUACGUUCACUGCUACGCGGCGAUGAAGUCUGCCUGGCAGAAGAUCAAGACUUUUAUGCAGAAGCACUGCCCAGUCAUCGCACAGUCCAUCAAGGGUAACGUCGGAACAACGGAGGAGCAGUUGGACGCUGCCGAGCGCAAACUGGGCGUACGCUUUCCGGAUGACCUCCGAUGCUGCUACCGGAUCCACAACGGGCAACGGCUAGCCUCACCAGGUUUGAUGGGCAGCAUGAGCAUUCCGACGCACUACCGGUCGGAAUCCCUGCUGGACCUGGAAACAGCCAUCGCCGGCUUUCAGAGCCGAGACGGCCUACAGGGCUGCAUGCCACUCACCUUCUGCCUACACUCGGGCCUGACCCAGUUCAUCGCGCUUCACGACACGGACGGCCACGCACCGGGGUGCGUCUUCUACCCUUCGCAAGACCUCACCCAGGGCGUCAGGGGACAUCCGCUCGACGCCUUCAUCACCGCCCGAUCCUUCCAGGAGUGGUUCACUGGUUAUGCCGACAUGCUGGAAAACGAAGAGUUUGUAGUGCUCGACAAUCAACCCUACAGGUUCUACCACGUGCCGGGCUGCGAGCUGACGACGGACAACAUCACCGUCUCCGUGGCAACAUGUUUCAUGCCCGAGUUGAGCAGCGUCAAUCCGCCGCACUUCUUCCACACGUACCGCAUCACGAUGUCUAUGUCGGAAGACGCGUCCGACCGGGAGAGCUGUCAGCUGGAGACCCGCCACUGGAUCAUCACCGAUGAGAACGGGCUGGAGGAACGCGUGGAUGGCCGUGGUGUUGUGGGCGAAUACCCUGUGAUGAGCCCCGGCGCCUACUUCUCGUGGGUGAGCUGCACCAGCCUGAGCACCACCUUUGGCAAUAUGAAGGGCCAUUUCGUCAUGCGAAACCUGCACACUGGCGACAUGACCGAGGUGCACUGUCCCGUGUUCAACAUGAAGUGUCUACCAUACGUCACGUCAGCCGAGCGAGAAGCCAUCAAGCGGCAGCGAGACGCCGUUAAGAAAGCGCAGUGAUGCCCUCCCCAUUGAAACUGAUCCGACUCAGCGCCUUGUGCUUGCUCCAUCUUUCGUCGCGGUCAUCAAGUGUCAGCGUGACAAAUGCUGCUGGCCGUUCCAUUGCACUGGCGUCUCGGACUGCGAUGUGACCGUCACACAUCAAGCUGCUUCCGUCACAUACGAUUGCUGUAGUGUGAUUCAGUUGGGGUAUUCGCAAUCUGACUGUCGUGACCAUGAGUUCAAGGCCCGACCAACACCGGCGUCACACGCUCCGUCACAGUCACAACACCAUUACCUGUCACGAAGCAGUGUUUUCUUACAAAUUUUGUCUCAAUAAUGGCACCAGCAAAUAUUCUCAAUGUUGGCAUCCCAUGCUUGAAGAAAACGAAGCGAUAAGACGUUGUAUCGUGACGGUUGCAAAUGCCAUGACGGUGAUGUGACGAAGCAUUUGACAGCCCGUCAGUCGGGCUGCCUGAGGCAUAAAAAAAGAUUGGCUGAUUCAGGCUAUGUUGUGCGUCGUGGCCAUGACAUGAGCUUGACGUUGCAAUACGAAUACGAUUUUUUUAAUCUUUUUUUUUACACAUAGAUACGCGUAGGCGUAAAUCUUCGUGCCAACAGCCAGCAGAUAAUUUUUUUUGUUAUUGUUUUCUUAAUUUGCAGGGUUUUAGCAAUGCAGGGCAGCUCAAAGAAACAACGGGUUUCUGUAGCAGCAACGAUUUUGAAACGGCUAUUGUGCAUUACCGUGAGGAUAAGAAGCGCUUUCGUUUAUGACAAGCAGUUCCUUAGCUGCAAAACUGGUGCAUUGUGCGAUUUCUUUUUCUUUUUUCUUAGCCUAUCUCUUGGAGAUAAAAACUACUUUCUGGGCAGUCAGUCUACGAUUGGCUUUCUUUUUUUUCUUUUUUUUUUUUUUUUUUUUUUUACAGGCCGAAGAAUUCUGUCCUGUGCAGUUGAGUCUUAAGAUCCUGCAUUUCAGUCUUAAAAUGCACGCACAAGGGGAUUCUUGUAUUUUAACCUCUGUGUUUUACUUUAGGCUCAGAGGCUGAAGAGAAUGCCAGACAUCGAAGCUACAGUUUGACAGGUUUUUGGCGAGCACUGUUACUUGGAUAGAUUUAUUAUAUAUCGCAAAUGAUAGCCAUGCACUUGAGAGAUCUAGUGGUUCGAGUUUCAUUUACACCUCCUCCGUCAUUGUCUUUGACAUAGGUGCUUUUGUUUGACCCAAGAAGAGCUUCACAGAGGUUAGCACACCUCAUGCUGCUCCAUUUUUAAAGGGGCCCUGCAACAGUUUUCCAAGUGAUUGUCUAAUGGCUACAUCGAAAGAGCUUAUUGCAUCACAAAUCAACUUCCGCAAAAAUUUUCAGAAUCCGUCGAGUACGAGCGGAGUUACAGGGGUUUGUCGCAUGCUUUAGGCACUUUCUCUCUCCUCUCGUACGAGCGGGCGCAUUGAAAGCUACGCAGGGAGGGGGAUGACAAGGGGGCAAGAAGAUGCGUCCCUUCGUCAGUGUGCGUCACGACCUUGAGGACUUUCUUUUCAUUUUUUCUUCGAAUGCGCGGCUUACCUUCAAUGUGAUUGCGCGCGCAGGCAUGUGGCGGCAUCCUGCGGCGGCGACGGUAACCAUGCAGCUAACGAUGCUCAAAUGCAGCCAACGGCCGUGGGCUUUGGGUGUAUGGCAUCAUUUGUAGAGAGAAGAGGGAUCGAUUUCUAGCCGACUUUGAGAAUUAAUUGUAAAUUUCAGGCCGCGUGCUGCGCUAUGAUGUUCGGCUUGCGUGUUCUCAGGAGCCUCAACCACCGAUCGGCAGUGUUUUCUGACCAUGCUGAAAAAAUGUUGCAGGGCCCCUUUAAGCAACCUUGGAAUGAAAGCAACUGAAUGUGUUUUAAGUAUGCUACCAACAUAAACCAAAACUCGGACAAGGUUAGAACAAAUAGAUUGCCUUAUUAAGCUUUUGAGCUUCAGUCAUACUUGAUGCCGUUUAGUUCAGGUUAUAAAACGUAGAUGUGGGACUAGAUCACAGGUAGGGACCAGCUGUAAGGCAGUUGCAUGUUGAGAUUUUAUACAAGUAUGCGUAACCACCACUUUGAUAAGUGUUUUUUUCCCUAUAUGCUUUUCAAUUUGUGUUGACAGUAAGUCGGCGCUGUGGAAUCCUGCAAGGCAGAGGAAGGGUUCAGAAAGAGAAAAUUGCCAUCAACCCAUUUGUAGCACAAAACUGUAAAACGAAAUCUGUAGUGAUUUUUCUGAAGAAAAAAAAGACUUGUCCUCACACGGGAUUCGAACCCAGAACCAAUGCUUUUCUGAGACGGUCGCUUUACCAUCCAAGCUGCACAAGAGUGAAUAAAUUCACAGUGCAAAGCACAUGGACUAAAUAUGGCAAAUCCAUUCUGCGGAAUGCCAUAUUCAGUCCGUGUGCUUGGAACUCUUAACCCAUGCGGUAAGGCAACUGCAUCAGAAAGGCAUUGGUCCCGGGUUCAAGUCCCAGACCAGCGUGAAUUUUUCUUCAACCGCUAAGUUUUCUUUGUGAGAAACCCGUAUGGGUUUCCUAGUAGCUUCGAGCUGCAAACGGGCAUAUGACAAUUUUGCCAUCAUGUUGACUGUGCAUUUACGAAUGUGUUGCUUGACGAGACAUCAAGAGGAGACAGGACUGUGAUGAUGACGUUCUUUUCUUCACUCGCAUUUGGAGUCGCGCAUUACUUUGCCAAUGAAUUAACAGUGUUGGUUUAUUGUUCUAGCUGUUUAUAGUCUUAGUGAUUUUUUGAUCGGUGGUUUUCGUUAACCAGAUGGUGAUACGCAUGAGGCAUGUGCAUAACUAGAAAGAAUGAAGUCUUGCAUGUCAAGAGUGCUCCGGCAGUCAUUUUGUGCAGAUGUCAUGGGGAGUUCAUAC